AUUUCUUUGAGUCCGCUUCUUGUUUAACUGAGGGAAAGGGGAUUCCACACAAAGAACUACAACUCAACAUGAUGAUUUUAAUUGGGAAUCUGACUCGAGAAUAAAAGCCGCUUAUGAGGCUAGUAAGACAGAACCAUACUUCCAUAUCAGGCUCCAUAUACGUCUGUGCAGGACAGGAAGUUUAAGCAUUGAUGGGGGCGUUACGCGCAUAUCCUGCAUCUAUCUCAUCUGCAUUUUCUGGAGUAAAUUUCCAGAGCUGAGCUGCUAGGAGUAAAAAUCUUAUUCCUAGCUCAUCGACUUCUUCAAUCCAUGUCUAGUCAGCACCCGAGAACCCGAUAUCCCCAUUUUACUUAGUCCAAAACACGAGGAAGCAGCUGAUUGCCAUAUUCAGUUUGCCACUUCACAUUGGUAUCUCCAAGGUUGAAGACCAAGAUCAUGAGCUCCGAGGGGAUUGUCUCGAAACAGAAACAACUCAGAAGCUAUCCUUCUCAAAUCUACUUGCAGUCUCAGCCUCUGUUACAAUGUUUGCAGCUGAGAGGAUCUCCAUCAUCAGCUAAUCUUGGAGGUAGCGGUUUCAAAAACAUUGAUGACACUUGUAAUAUGGCCAGCAAGUUUAGCUCUCAGCAGGGAGAUUCAGAAAUUACAGGCACGGUCGCAUGUUCUCAGCCAUUCAGAUAUCAAAAGAGCUCUUUGUUUCCCUCAUAUGAUGAUCCUCAAUAUAGUACAGAAGAGAAGGAUGCGACUGCUUUUCAGUCAGGGGACGAUCUUCAAUCAGUUGUGGAAUUUCACAUGUGCAACAGUCAAUCUCGCCGAUUGUCUUAUGAGAAUACCGCUCCCUCAAAUAUAUCAUUCCGACAGCUGCAGGAUCCGUUUUAUGAAGAAAAGAUCGCAAGAUAUAGGCAAAGUAUUGUCAGUUUCCAAGAAUGCCAAAAUUGCAAGGUCGAUUAUGAUACGUCUAGCCCACCACAAAGCCAGAGAUCUGACUCCUGUAUCCAGCCGGAGAAGCAUCCUCCAGCUUGUUCCGGUGGAGUUUUUUACUGGCCUCGGAGGAAAACAAAUUCUACAGUUCCAAGUAAGACACGGAUAAGGUGGACUCAAGACCUGCAUGACAAGUUUCUUCAGUGUGUUGAUAUUCUCGGAGGAGCCGAGAAGGCAACUCCCAAGGGGAUCCUCAAGCUGAUGGACGUGGAACGAUUGACAAUCUUUCACAUUAAAAGCCACUUGCAGAAAUAUCGCACUACCAAAUGCAUGCCAGACUCGAAAGAAGGAGCAGGACAGUCUUACGAGCCAGUUCAGUUAAACUCAUCGGUGCUUGAACUGAAAACAGGGAAGCAGAUAGUAGAAGCAUUACAGAUGCAGCUAGACAUCCAAAUGCGUCUGCAUGAGCAACUCGAAAUACAGAAAGAGUUGCAGCUGAGGAUUGAGGAACAGGGAAGGCAGCUAAAACAAAUGCUAGAAUGUCGCACGAACAAUAAAAAGGAUCACAUGCUUCCCAGUGAAGUUCACUAUGCUGGGAAGUUCGAAGGAUCUCAUUCUUUUGCCGUAGAGUCCUCAGAGCUUUAGGGAGUCGAGGAAUGGGAUUUCUAGCUUCCGAUUGUAAAAGUGCUGGAAAUACUCAGAGAGGGAUACAGUCUUGUACAAGGGCAGGCUCCUCAAUGAUUCCAGAACCUCCUUGGAAGGCCCGAUUUCGAGGGAUGGAUGUGGGUAACAGAAAGUUACGAUUGAAGAUCUGUCUUUGUAUCUGUUGGCCACCGCUCUAUGCUCUGGCGCCUUAUAAGUCCCGUUGCUAAUAAUCUGCAUUCAUCAUUUAAUAAGUUCAUCUCCGGAAAAAAUAAAUCAUACUUACAGCCUAAAAGAUACUUCUUUUAGCCAAAGAAGAGUAAUAGCCAAGAUAGAUUUUCAGAAAAAGAUAGAGAUACCAUAAGGAUGCCUGCCUUUGUACUCAUAACUAAAAUUUCCACCGCAUUUGGAUAUGCAAUUAUGCAUCAAGUCACAGUAA